UGUUCCGAAUGUUAGUGUUCUAUAGUUAGACUUUUAACUGGUUGCGUGUUUAGUGUUUCACAAGGCAGAAUUGUUUUGUGUAUUUCCUUAAACUGCGGUAUGUUGGUGAAGUUACUUUGAGUGUUUCCUCUUUCAAACAACUGUGGAUUCAAACAAGUUCAUAAAGUUGAGCUAACUGAGGUAGCCAAUGGAUCAAGUCCCGGGCAAGAAACUCCAGGUAGAUGCCGCUGCCUUGGACGUGACCUACUGCCAGCCUUGCUCACAAGAUGGGGAAACUAUCCCAGCCGAGGCCUACUGCACUGUUUGCAAGGAGUUCAUGUGCUCCACCUGUACAAGCGUCCACAAGAAACAAAGAAUAUCCAAGUCCCAUACACUACUAGACAAGAGAAGCAUGCCUUCUACCAUGGGAGAUUCUACAACCAAAGAAGAUAGCACGCAACCUUGUGACAUCCACCCUGAGGAAUGUAUCAAAUACUUCUGUCCGACCCAUCAGACACUUAACUGUGGACAUUGUGUAGUUCUUGAUCAUCAAUCUUGUAAACAGCAGAUUAUUUCUGAAAUAGCUAAAGCCUUCAAAGAGGGCCAGGGUUAUAACACCAUCAAACAGGUUAUUGUGCAGUUAUUGAAAGACAUUGAUGCCUGUGCAUCUGAUGUUAAAGAAAACACUAAGCUCGUAAAAGAACUUGGACAACAUGAGAUUGCUAAGAUAAGGAGUUAUCGAGAUCAGAUCAACAAGUACUUUGAUGAACGUGAACAAGCACUCAUUAAAACCAUUGCCGAGAUGAAAAACAUGGAUGAUAUACUCCUUAACUCACUGAAACCAAAAUGUGACAACCUUAAGACCCAGGUCGGUGAAAUUAAAGCAAAACUAGCAGCCCGAGAGAAUAACACUAGCCAGUUGUUUAUUGAUGCCCAUAUAUCCAAGAACCUGCUGGAGGGACUGAAAUUAAGUCUUGUUGAGGUUAAGAAAAAGAAUACGAUACAACAGUAUCAGAUUAGGAGUGACCCCGCCACUGAGAGUUUGCUGGGCUCCAGGACUGGCCUUGGCACUUUGGAAAAGAUUAGUACUUCAGAAAGUCAAGACCCGAGAUGUGAGCAUUCGAAAAGGUCCGGGACUCAAAAUGAAGGCGAGAAGAAUACUACAACAUCUGAUCCUACUUCCAACGUUCAAGCAGUAAGGGACCAGAAUACCAAUACAUCUGAUACUACUACCAACAUACAAGCCAUUGGCGACAUCAAGGCUACCCAAUCAACCAAGAUGUUAUCGGCUAAUACAGUACCAGAACCACCUUUGAAUCCUAGUGGAACGACAACAUCUGCAAAACCAAAGCAAGAAACACAGAACACAGUCAGCAAUGACCUGACCAGUCUGAAGUUUACCACAGCCCCAGACAUCCUAGUCAAGCCUAGAUCUGACACUGAGAACUGCUGGAUGAGGGACAUUCUCCUCCUGUCUGGGGACAGACUGUUACUGAGUGACGGUUCAAAAGGAACAUUGAAACUCGUAGACCUCAAGACCAGCAGUCUAAUGACCGAGGUCGAUGUGCAAGGCUGCCCAUGGGGCAUGUGUCACAUCACUGGGGACAUGGUGACUGUUAGUGUUACUCAUAGUAUUCAGUUCUUGGAGACUCGGGGGAAACUCAUCCUCGGAAAGAACAUCAAGGUGGAUAAUGGUUGUUGCGGUGUUGGUUACCACAACGGUAACUUAAUUAUUUCAUUCGAGAGCGGAAAGGUUCAGAAGAUUGAUAUGGAAGGGAAAGUGUUGAAAAAAAUGUCAAAUAUGUCGUUUAAAACCCCUUGGUACUUGAAAAUAGUCGGUGACGAUCAGACGGCAGCCAUAUAUGUGUCCGACUUAACGAAGUUCGAAAUCACUAAGCUGGACAUGAACUUGAACAUUCUCGAAACAUUCAAGCACCCCGCUCUAGGUGUACCAACAGCUAUCACUGCAGUGGGAAACCAGCUGAUCAUAUGUGGUUGGACUAGAAACAAUAUAAUGUGCCUGGACCUGCCCAGUGGCAAGAUGACCCAGCUACUGGAGGAAGGGAUAGAGGCGCCAUGCUGUGUCUGCUACAGUGAGCAGCAGAACAAGAUGUAUGUUGCCCUCUGGACACUUGGGGAUGCCGACAAUUAUGUUAAGGUGUAUGAUACAACAUCAAAAUUGAAGUAGACAUAUUUUCUUUGAAUAAGCAACAGGGCCAAGUUAACAACUAUGCACUUACAUUUCAACAGAACUACAGAAUGUUUGUUCCUUUAUAUACAUAUGUAUGUUUCCUGUGAUUGUUGUGAACAUUAUAAUAGUAUGCUGUUAAGAGAUAUUAUCACUACUUAUACUAUUAUUAUUAUUUAUUAUUAUUAUUUAUUAUUAAACUUAUUUUUAUUAUUAUUAUUAUUAUUAUUAUUAUUAUUAUUAUUAUUAUUAUUAUUAUUAUUAUUAUUAUUAUUAUUAUUAUUAUCAUUAUUAUUAUUAUUAUUAUA